AGAUUUCUUUCCGUUAAAGCCUUGAAAGGAUACGCGACUGAAGUAGUAAAGCGUGGCAUCUCGCGUGAGCUUAAGGUUCUCCAGCUACUUGCUAGCACGCAGGCACCUACCGCAUGGCCUUCUCGAUGUCUCAACCUACUUGAUCACUUCAUCAUACCCGGAAAAGUGUCCACUGACGGCGAACACUUAUGUAUCGUCACUGGCCUAAUGGGAGGAGAUGUCAAAUCUUUGGUGAAAGGGCCCCCCUACGGGAAACGCCAUCUUCCUCUUCCGUUAGCGAAGCACGUUCUUCGCCAUGUAUUGCAGGGCCUGGUGCAGAUUCACAGUUUGGGUGUUGCACAUACUGAUCUGAAGCCAGACAACAUCAUGUUUGACGUCGAUCCCAGCUUGGACAUCCCAUCUCUGUUGACACGCGAACCCCCUCGCCUUAACGUUCCCGAGCAAACAUGGGAAGGCACCAUGCAAACCGCGGUUUCGCAGCCACUACCGCUUCCCAGCUCUCUCGAUGACCUCCUUACGCGGAAUUUCUAUAUUGCUGACUUUGGGAGCGCCCAAAUCGUAGAACCGGACGACCGGACGACAGACCACAUAACCCCGUGUGCAUUGCGCGCUCCAGAGACAAUCCUGCUUGGUCCAUGGAACCAGCGAGUCGACAUUUGGACCUUUGGUUGUCUCGUGUUUGAACUUAUCACUGGCCAAAACCUUUUUGAAUACGUGCCUUACCCGGAUCGUGGCCUCGACGCUGCUGCAGGACACCUAUGGCAAAUGAUAUGUUUCACGGGUGAGGAUUUUGAACCUAAGCAGCUUUCAUGGAGCCAUCGAGCGACGCAGUAUUUCGAGAAAACCACUUGUUAUCUCAAAGAAAAUCCACCCAAAUUCCGGACCCCUUUCGAACAGUCAUUGAGGAACUACAAAGUCAUCGACGAGGAAAAUGUGCUAGUGACAGCAGCUUUCAUGCGAAGAUGUUUACGUUUGGACCCAGAUGAUAGGCCUUCAGCGGAGCAACUACUCGAUGACCCGUUUUGGGCAGAGAAGAGUGGAUGAACGAAGCACAGUACUAUCAUGUUCGUGGUUGAAGGCAAAGGAAUCUGUUCAUGUCUUACAAAGUUACAUGUUACAAUAUCCGAAAAUAUCAAAUAU